GAGGAUAGAGUAUUAUAGUAAGUAGUGAUGAUGUAGUGGCUUGUAUUGGUAUUAGCUUACAAUACACUCUACACAUCAGUUUCAAACCGUGUAUUAUCACAGUUCAAAGUCUCUUAUAGUGCUGUUGAAAAACUUUCGCCAAUCAACUUUAAACACAUCGCGUGUCUUUUAAUACUUUUCUGCGGGAUUGUAAAGAAAAAAAGUUGUUUUCAAUUGUUUAUGUGUUAAUAUAUUGGAUAGCCGUUGUGUGGAAGUUAUCGUAUAUUAUUGGAGCAGCAAAUUAUAAAUAAACAUAUCGAAGGAGUGGUGAACAAUUUCAGAUGGCAGAAUAAAUGGAAUGUAAGUGGCGGAGAACAUCGAAGUUGAGGAACGAGGAGCAUCGAAUAUAAACGGGAAUAGCCGAAGUUAUUUGUAAACUGUCGGAAUGUACCGGACUAGCGUGUUUUUAGGUGGAAUUGUGUUUUACGUGUGUUUAAAUGUCAUUCAUGGAUUACCGGACAAAUUAAGAGUCGGGGCGUUGUUUGAACCAGAGUUUGAAGGACAGAAACAAGCGUUUGAGUGGGCAGUAGAGCAGAUUAAUUUACGAACAGAUAUUUUAGGUGAAAGUCUGGUUCUCGAUGAUGAUCAGAUUGUCCAGGCACAGGAUAGUUUUGGUGCCCAGAGAAAAGUAUGUCGAAUGGUACAUCAAGGUGUAGCCGCCAUUUUUGGUCCCAUAUCAAGUCUUUCCGCUGCGCAUGUGCAGUCAAUGUGUAAUGCCUUCGAGAUUCCCCAUUUACAGUGGCAUUGGGAUCCCCGUGAUUCGAGGGACUAUUAUUCAAUUAGUCUGUACCCCAACUACCUGACGUUGAGUGGAGCUUAUAAAGAUGUCGUCAAACAUUGGGGCUGGGACGAAUUUACUGUUUUAUACGAAGACAACGAUGGUCUCACCAGACUACAGGAAGUGCUUAAGGCACCGGAAGGUAAUACAGCCAAACUGACAGUGCGCAAACUCCACACUAUAAACAACGAUUACGUGAAUUUAUUUAAAGAUUUAAAAGAGAGGGGAGCUUUCAGAAUUAUUAUUGAUUGUCACGUGUCAAGAGUAAAGAAAAUUUUACAUGCAGCAUUAAAGGUCCACAUGGUAUCAGAAUAUUACCACUAUUUAUUUACUACAUUAGAUUUAGGGCUGGUUGAUCUAGAAGAUUAUAAACACGGAGGCGCGAACAUCACGUCGUUUAGAUUAAUAAAUCCAGAUAGACGAAGGGUAAUAGAUGUAAGAACGGAAUGGUUAUUAGAAGAACGAAGAUCAGGCAAAUCACCUUUAAUGGGACAAGCUGAAAUAGAGACAGAGACAGCUUUAGUUUAUGACGCAGUUCACCUGUUUGCACGCGCUUUGCACGAGCUGUCCCAGGCUCAAGACGUAACUACUAGUGCUUUAUCAUGUGAUAAAGCUCAAUCGUGGAACCAUGGCAACAGUUUAUUGAAUUAUAUGAAAUCGAUGAAUUUUGACGGUCUAUCUGGAAAUAUUCGUUAUGAAAAAGGAGAGCGAAUCGAUUUUACAUUAGAUGUUUUGGAAUUAGCAGAAAAUGGUUUAAGAAAGAUAGGAGCCUGGUCUAGAAUUGAAGGGGUUAAUAUCACACAGGAUUAUGCAGUAAAGAAACAAGAUCACGAAAAAGCCCUGGCGAACCACACUCUAGCAGUGGUUGUUAAACUCGAUGAACCCUACGUUAUUAAAAGAGGGGAGGGGGAUUAUAUCGGUUUCUGUAUCGACUUGUUGAAUAUGAUAGCCGAAAGAAAGAAUUUCUCUGUUACAAUACGGGAAGCUGAUGCCUAUGGUUCUCAGAAGAAUGGUCAGUGGGAUGGAAUAGUUGGAGAACUAGUUGAUAGGAAAGCAGAUAUUGGUUUAGGUGGAAUGUCUAUUACACACGAGAGAGAACAAGUUAUAGAUUUUACCAAACCUUUCCUGACUCUUGGUAUCACCAUCUUGUUCGCAAAACCAACUCCAAAAGCACCACAACUGUUUUCCUUCCUGUCGCCGCUGUCUGUAGAAGUCUGGGUGUAUAUGAUAGCGGCUUAUCUGUGUGUUAGUUUUAUGUUGUUUGUAAUCGCCCGCUUCAGUCCUUAUGAAUGGUGUAAUCCCCACCCAUGUAAUGAGAAUGCGGACGUCGUAGAGAACCAGUUUACCAUUUUAAACAGUCUUUGGUUUACCAUCGGUUCUCUUAUGCAGCAAGGUUGUGAGAUCGCCCCUAGAGCUAUAUCAACUCGACUUAUUGCCGGUAUCUGGUGGUUCUUCACGCUCAUCAUGAUAUCAUCUUAUACAGCUAAUCUGGCCGCCUUUUUAACAGUCGAACGAAUGAUUUCUCCCAUCACUAGCGCUGAAGAUCUGGCAAAACAAUCUACAAUAUCAUAUGGUACCCAAAGAGGAGGAUCAACAAUGUCGUUCUUUGCCAAUUCUAAAAUCGACACCUUUAAGAGAAUGUGGAACUUUAUGAAUUCGUCCAGUGAUAAUUUUGUGAGUAGUAACGCGGAAGGUGUACGGAGAGUGAAGGAGGGAGGAUAUGCCUAUCUAGCAGAAUCGACGGCAGUAGAAUAUACAGUAGAAAGAAACUGUGAAUUAGAACAAGUGGGAGGAUUGCUGGACUCUAAAGGUUACGGAAUAGCUACACCAAGGAAUUCACCGUAUCGGGAACUGAUAACAGAAACCAUCCUCAAACUCCAGGAGGAACAAGAGAUACACCGGUUGCACUCCAUCUGGUGGGAACAGUACGGUAAAGCCCUGAAAUGUGAACAAGCGGACAGCGCCAGUAAGAGUAAAGCGGCGGAACUAGGGGUAGAUAAUGUAGGUGGCGUGUUUGUGGUUCUGAUGGGAGGAGUUGGAGCAGGAUUUGUCGUCUCACUUUGUGAAUUUAUUUGGAAAGCCAGGAAAAAUGCCCGAGAAGAUCAGCAAACACUGUGUUCUGAAAUGGCGGAAGAGUUCCGUUUUGCCGUCCGAUGUGUAUCGUCGAAGAAACCUAGUAAGAAUCGAACGAAAGAUGUCACUGAUAAUGGAUUACAGUUCAUGCCAUUAACCGGAUACGGCCACAAUUCAGUAGGCGGAAAGGAGGUGUACGCAUGACGCGAGGCUCGAGUUUAGACCCAUAGACUUUCAUAUACCAGGAGGAAUUCUGGGAUAUAUUUACGCCAUGUUUGUGCCAUGACCAUGCUCAAUCCAGCUUCACUACUGCGCAUGCUCCUUCCAACUAAUUUUAAAUCCAUAACAAAAAAAAACGAAACACCACCGGGGAUAGUUUUGUUGUCUAUUCGUGAAUAUUGUUUUACUUUUCUUUAUGGGCAUGCGCAGUGGGAGAGCAUGUGCCGAUUUCAUAACUAAAACGUGCCUUAAAUUGUAAACAUCGCUGUUGGCUACUGUACCAUAGUAGUUAUAAUUGCUGUAGGACUAGUUGAACGAGUCUUGUGUGGGUGAAUGUGCAUUAAAUAAAAUAUAAACCAUAUAAAAAAAAAAGACAAAAAAAAAAGAAGUUUAUAUUCAGCCUAUUGACAUUGAUUGACGUGUGUUGUGACGUCAAACUUUAUCGUCGACAAUAACUGAUGACGUUUUUUGCCAGAAUCUAUGACGACAUUUGCUCACAUCAAAGAGGUAUUUUGUGACAUAAUGUUUAAUUUCCAUUAAAUAACAAAAGACAAGGUAUUUUUGUAUAUAUUACCAUUGCAUGAAUUCAGAGCCGGAUUAAGAUUUGGUGGGCCGCUAUAAGGUCCCAAGAAAAACCGGACUAAGAUUAGGUAGGCUACUUUAAAGUCCCAAGUAAGACUGUUCAGCGUUUCAUAUCGCCAUAGUAGCUGGGUUAGAUGGCCGACUGGUUAGCACGUCUUUCAUUGAACAACUGGCGGGGUUUCGAUUCCCCGGUUGUACGUGACACGUGUAGGGUGGCUUGUCCAACCUCGUGAGUUUUCUUCGGGUCCUCCGGUUUCCCCCCACGCGCAAGCGAAUUAUUAAAAUGAAAACAUUGAACCACGUGUUAGUUCCGAAAUGACCUAUUUUGUGUCAAGUGGACGUAAAACCCAAUUUCUCUCUCUGUCUCUCUACCGCCAUAGUAAUUUUACUACAAAUAUACAAAAAAGGGAAAUUAAUUAAAAACUCAACAGAUAAUUGCACGUUCUACUUUGAUUCAGAAUGCACAAAUCAGAUAACUCUUCACUUAAUCUCCGGAGAUCUUCCAGCUGAAGGAGAUCCUUGUACUGCAGCCCCCAAAACCUUAAUCCGGCUCUGCAUGGAUUUGAUUUUAUGAUGAAUGAAGGAAUAUUAUAUAAUGUUUUAUUCAGUCUUCCUAUUAUCAUUGUGUUUAUUGUAAAUUGUAGAUAGUCAAAUAUCAAUUCAUAUCCUCAUCGUAUACAAAUUUUAUCCAUACAUAUAGUUUUUGUCGCUAUUAUAAAAUAUUAUCAUGGUUUUUAUAUCGCCCCACCCCUCCUCCCACCCCCACCCCCUUCCUAAAUGUUCUUCCUGUAUAGUUAUUCUUAUUUGAAGUUUAAGUUAUUGUAUUUUAUUUGUUUGUUUUAUUAAAGGCCCAAUUCGAAAUGAAAUAUUUAAAAUAUAAAUGAUCAAAUGGGUAAUAUUCUAAUUAUAGAAACCCAAAAUGAUUAAAUGGGUAAUAUUGUAAUUAUAGAAACCAAAAAUGAUUAAAUUGGUAAUAUUCUAAUUAUAGAAACCAAAAAUGAUUAAAUUGGUAAAAUUCUAAUUAUAGAAACCAAAAAUGAUUAAAUUGGUAAUAUUCUAAUUAUAGAAACCCCAAAUAAUCAAAUUGGUAAAAUCUAAUUAUAGAAACCGAAAAUAAUCAAAUUGGUAAAAUUCUAAUUAUAGAAACCGAAAAUAAUCAAAUUGGUAAUAUUCUAAUUAUAGAAACCCAAAAUGAUUAAAUUGGUAAUAUUCUACCAAAAAUGAUUAAAUUGGUAAUAUUCUAAUUAUAGAAACCAAAAAUGAUUAAAUUGGUAAAGUUCUAAUUAUAGAAACCCAAAAUGAUUAAAUGGGUAAUAUUCUAAUUAUAGAAACCCAAAAUAAAAUCCGGAUUUAUUUGAUAUUUGAAUUGAUGUGUCUCUCUGUCUGGCAGUAUGAGCCAUUUUGACUAGUAUAUGAUUGUAAAUAACCGGUUGUAUUCUCUUGUGUUUGCAAAUAUUUGAGCCUGGGUCUAGGCCUUUAAUAUUCAACUUUAAAGAGGCAUUAUGAGAGAUUAGAUAAAUAGUUGACUGUUCGCACUAUAAUAGUUAAAAAUAUAUAACGUAAAUAGAAUAUGUUGAACAUUUCAAUCAAAUUGCUCCACUCUGAAUUUUAGGCUAGCCUUGAUCAUCAUUACUAAAGUCGGUAUGAUAAACAAGAGUAUAGUCUCGAUUAUUCACUUUCGGAUCUAAUCAUCAACGAGCGUUGAGCACCAGAUCGGAUUCAAAUCCAGUUAAAAUCAAAUGCAUAAAAUGACAUCGAGAGUCGAUUAUGGUCUGGAUAAGUUAAUUCAUAUUUAAUCAAUAAUGUAUAUAACAUUUCAGUAAGCAGAUUUAGCUCUUGAAUAAUGUAUGUUUAAUCGUUAUUGCAGUAUAUUUGGACAUGUAGUAUAUCCAAGUUUUAAUUGCAAUCUUGGUAUAUUAUUAUUUUGAGAUUAUCCGUCACCAUUAGCAACCCUUGGUAAGAAUACUGGAUACACGCGGCUUUUGAUUUGGAACCGGAUGUACUACAUCAUAUUUCUCUGGCGUUUAAUCCCAAACUGACCAGCAGUAAAUAUUCACUUGUUCGCUACAAUCACUGAUAGGGGUGAAAUCAAGUGCCUGUUUCACGAAAUUUUAACUGAGAUAAAAUCAAAAUUUUAGUAAUUUGAUUGGAUAAUAUUAGAUUGAUUUUAGUGCUUAGCCAAUCAAAAUUGACGUAUCUACUAAAAUUUGGUUUUUAUCUUUAGUUAAAAUUUCGUGAAACAGGGCCCAGCUCUCAGCAUUAUGUUUUUAUUUUGUGUAAAUUAUGCACCAUUUUGGUUUAGUACGGAUCAUCUCCAUUGUGCAGUAAUGCCAUGGUAACAGAUCCAUGUUUAACCAAGGGUAGUUAAUGGUAGUCGCGACCAAAUGGUAGGCCGGGAUGAAUAUGAUUAAUCUUAGUUUUCUCAAAUCAACGAAUUCCAAUCAUGUUUGCUUUUGCAACCUUUUUAUAAAAGGUCACGUGUCCUAUAUUGCUGUUAUAUUGUAGUUAUAUUUAAUUUCAUUUUUCUGCAAUCUGAUUAAAAUACAGAUCUAUAUUUCGUUUCGUUUUUAUUAUACUUUAGAUGGCCUACACUACAUAAAGAUCUGGCGGGUUUUACUGGAAGGUCGCGUCAGGGUUGUAAAACGGCUUUUGACCUUAUGACGUCAGACAUUGAUUAAUCAAUCAGCGUUGACGUUUCUAGUGGUUUACCCACAGUCCCGUGCAACAAACGCCAAGAACUCGCCGUAACAGACCAUUUCAUUGGCUAAUCCCUCACUUCAACCAGAACGCCGGUUAAUAUAACAACUCUUCCAGAUCCUAGUGUAGUAAAGACAAGUAAAACGAAAUUUUGAACUAUAAAAAAAAAAAAAAAAUAGGAUUUGUGUUUUAAUCAGAUUGUUUUUUCUGCUAAUGUAUUUUACGCUCACGUGGUGUAUGCCAAGUUCAACCAUUGUUAUGCAAACACGAAAUAUAUUAAAUAAUUCAAGAAUAUUGUAAGAAAGGGAGGUUAAUCUGUCAGAAUUUCUAAAUUAAACAUACAUUAUGCAAGAGCUAAAUCUGCCUUAUGCAGUUCUUUCUUUAGGCCUGAAAUGGUAUCUAAAUUAUUAAUUAGACAUUAAUUAACUUAUCCAGACCAUAAUCAACUCUCGACGGCAAUGCUAGCCUGCGAUAUUUACUGGACUAGAACCCGAUCUGCUGCUUCUGAUUAAAUCAAAAGUUGAUAAUCGAGACUAUGUUUUUUAUCGUACCGACUUUAGUAAUGAUGAUCGAGGCUAGCUCAAAAUUCAAUCGCUAAAUAUUCUGUUCAGGGUGGAUCAAUUUGACUGUAAUUUUCAGCAAAUUCCCUUUACCUUAUUUAGUAUUUAUCUAUCAUAGUGAGAACUACCAGCUCUUUAUCUAAUCUCCCAUAAUUAGAUAAAGAGCUGGCAUUACUCGUUAUAAUUGAAAGGGAAUAUCUUGAAAGUUUCAGUCAAAUUACUUCAUUCUGAGCGACGUUAGUGCUGUUUAGGAAUAGCGGAGCCUCGAUUGCCAUUACCACCGUUGUGACGAUAGUAAACAGAGUCUCGAUUAUCCAUAUUUUGAAUUCAAUCAUUAACCGUCAAUCCUGUUCAAAUCCGUUGAAAUCUCGAGCAUCCGAUGGCAUCGAGAGUUGAUUAUGGUCUUUGCAACUAUGGCCAAAUAACUAUCUAAUUAAAAAUUUAGAAAUAGGCAGAUUUAAAUCUUCCAUAAUCCAUCUUUAAUAUUAUUCAACAAAGACUAACUAAUGACAUGUUAUAUUUCAUAGUUUAUGAUGGGGUUGUUUAACAAAAUGACCAAUAUAUAGGUCAAGGGCGACAAAUCUUGUACAUUAUUCAUCAGCAUGACAUGUUUAAAUAUUUUAAUCAUGUAUAAUGAUAUUAUCUACAACCCUGAGCGAAAUCUAUUUGUUAAGACCAGUUCAAUUUUCGUCAAGGUCGCUGAGAUGUAAUUAAGGUUAGGGCACGUGAUUGUUGGCGAGAUUGUAGGUUAGGGUAAUCAUUGGGCCUAGGUCCAGGGUUAGGGUUAAUAUUAGCGCUAGCCCUGUUUACAUCUCGUGACCUUUGACCAAACUUGAAUGGACCUUAUGAAAUAGAUGUAACCUACAACCAUGCUUGAUUAAUCCCAAAUUUUUGCCGGAAAUGCAUCGCUUAGUAUCUCAUUUUUUUUAAAAUUCCAUGAACAACGGAAUUAGUCAUUCACAAAAACAAGGCCAAGGAUAUCAUGUGGUGUCAUAAUUAAACCAAUUUGAGAAUGUAUUGAGCAUUGGUUUCAAACACCGCAUUUUUAGUCUUUGGCAUCAAGUCUGGGAAUUCAUUCUCGGUGUUCACUUCAGCGUAAAAGAAGUUAGUAUGUGUGUUACGCAUGCGCUUGUAGUCAUAAUCAUAAAUUCGCGGGUAGUGCUACAUUAACUGUGCACGUGCUUUCACCCUCAGUGGCUAUACGAAUUGCCCUUGCAUGACUUUGGACAACCCGUUUCCGUUAAGUAGUCACAGUAAUGCAAUGACAGUCUUAGGCCUGUUUUUCAUGCACACGUUUCCACGGUCCCCUUACAUUUACUUAAAGUAGCUAAGUUUCUAACUCAAUAUCAUCCAAAAUCUUACACGUUGAAAAUACGAAUUAUUUGUCGGUUCAAAUCAACAUUGAUGUUGUGAUCUUACCGGGAAAAGAUGGCCUUCUGAUAUCCAAUAUUUAAGACAAAAUAAACAUUUUACAAUUGGUACACGAAUCGUGUACCAUAAUGCGUUUCAGCGCUAUUUGUAAUAAGGGACUCGAAAAACAUGGCUAGGCAUAUUCCACUAGUGAUGUCAAACGGUAACGCUAUAUUCUUAUCUGGAGAGCAUGCCCAAUAAAUACUAUCGGCGUAGACUGGAAUAACCAGACGCUAGAGAUUGAAAUUCGAUUGAGAAUACUGGCGUAUUUCAACGAACCUAACUGAUUAGGUAAAACAGUAAAAACAGAAACGAUUGAAUGUAAAUCAAUUUAUAUACAUUCAUAUUACAUUAUUGUAUGCGUUGCGACCCAUUUGUGUCAAUUCCUAGGUCCCAAAUAUUAGCGACUUAGCUCCUUUAAGCUAGGUCCCCACUGUCGUGCGCUGCGUUGCCAUAGGAUUGUCCCUAUUGAGUCCACGAUCUGGUACGUGCAGAAACGUUGGGUUACGUUUCGAUAUGGUCAACACGACUGCUACGCUUGACCCAAAUAGACCUGAUAGGAUCCCCACGAUUACUCCACGAUUAAAACUACGAUUUCAAUCGUAGAGCAAAUCGUAAUAGUAAUGGGAACCUAGCAUUAAGACCGACUUGUUCGCGCCGGCGAAAACGUCGCGAAAAGAAAAUGCGUACAUGGAAAACGGACCUUAGAGAAGAACUUACGCUAAUUGUUCCCCUUGUAUACAGCAUACUUGGACCAAAGGGUCGAGAGGUUAUAAUCUGUAUAUCAUCUUAGUAGUAAUAUAGAUUGUGGGGGCGUGAAUAUAUAUAACCCCCUUUCAUCAACUUCCAGAUCAUUACCCCCCCCCCUCCUUCUUAUAUCCCCAUAUUAUAUUAUAUUUUAUCUUGUAUCCUUAUUUUGUAAAAAAAAAAUGAUUUCAUUCAAUCACCAACUUCCCAUCAUCUAAUGAUUUUGUAAAAUGUCAAAUGAGAGAAAUAAAGUCAGUUUUUUUGAAAAUA